AUGGAUGAAUUUGAGAACUUUAUUCAUCAACGGGGAACUUUCAAACCGCCUCCGCUACCAGAAGGUAUCACUCGAUUAUCCGGCGUGCGAUUAGUCCUUCAACAGAAUACCAAACAUCCGGAUACAUUUGGAGCGAAUACUAUGAGUCUCCAACAUGAUGAUUAUGUGACCAUGGUCGAAUCGUGGAAAAUGCCACUUGGGGCUAUUGAAUGCUCCAAUGCUCUCAGCGUGCUAUUUUGGUCCUCUAUAGAAGAUACUGGAGGAAACCCACACUUGCAAAUAAUUUUUCGAAAGGCGAACGUGCGAAAAAAAGGGUACACUCGAGGCUGGGAACUAAUUCUAAGCCAUGAAAUAAAAACAGGCACCACACGCGGAUUCUGCAAAGGAACUGCAUCGUCUAACAUAUUCGAGUGCGUUCAAACGUUGAAAGCAUGUGUUUGGGAAACUUCUCAUCCAAUGCUUCUUCCGUUUUUGAUUCUAAGUGAGGAAAUAUCCUACAAGGAAGAUUUGAGGCAAAGGGAAUGUAGAGACUGGCUACGCCGAAUUGAACAUGCAGUUUCGGCGCAUGCAGGACCUAGAAAAGUUUCUGUAACAAAUCAAACGAGGCCACUUGAUCUUAUCAGCCACGAUAUCAACGAAUGCUACGCCCAAUCACUAUGGAGAGCACCUUUAGCAUACAUCCGUCUUAUGGAAUCCUUCCUGGAGACCAUGGAGUUAUUUAAGCAAUAUAUCCCUGCCACAGGAUCAAAAAAUUUCAAAAUUCAAAAAAUACAUGACAGAUUUAUCGCGGCGUUAAGGUGCUACAAAGCAAAACAACAGGGACUGGAAAUUUACGCAAAUACAACCCUCCAAAGGCUGGAGAAUCAAAGAAGUCUUUCCACAAUUGUGCUCGCUCAACGCGAUAGCAAGCUGCAGUAUGAUAUGGGCAAGCUACAGUACGAAAUGGCACUAGCGAGCAAACGGGAUUCUUCUGCCAUGAAGACUAUUGCUAUAUUGGGUAUUGUAUUUCUCCCUGGGACAUUUGUUGCUUCAAUACUAUCCACGACCUUUUUUGAUUUCCAGAAUGCAUCUAAUCUUAGUACAGCGGUUUCUCCAAGCUUUUGGAUCUAUUGGGUUAUCACAGUUCCGGUUACGUUGAUCAUUCUGAUAUUGUGGUAUUUGUGGGAAAAAAAGCGAGACGGAAGGUUUGUCAGGGAGAGGAAUGAAAGAGAAGAAACCGAAGACCUUGCUUCGGAGAUUGAUUUAGGAGAUUAUAGCUUGCAGCCGCUGCAGAGAGCGAGGCCAUUGGCAGACUAUGAGUGA